CGUCCACACUCUGUCAGUUCAGAAAGAGGCAGCUGAGCAGCGAGAAAGUUCAUUUCGUUGUUAGUGUGGGUGUGUUCCUCUGUUCCCUCUCAACACACAGAAGAAGCAACAAAAAUGUGGAACUUAAAAGUGUUUUUCAUCGCCAUCGUCCUAUCCGCCAUCAGUGUAACCGACAUUUUUGCCUACGUCGAGGCUGUCGCUGGAUCAUUCGGAUCGGAUGUGGCCCCCAUCAAGGUGGAGCCCCAAGUGGCUGUCGUCUGCGACCUCCGCAACCCGCUUCAUCCGCAGUACAUGGACUCGACCGGAAAGUGGGUCUCGGAUUUGGAGAAUAAAAGCUAUUGUCUGAAGGACAAGAUUGAAAUCCUCGAUUUCUGCCGCAAGGUGUACCGCGGUCGCAACAUUACCAACAUCGUCGAAGCCCCUCGUUCUGUCAAGAUUGACAACUGGUGCAAACUGGGACAUCGUAAAUGCAAGACGACGCAGUCGGUGAAACCUUACCGCUGUCUGGAAGGAGCUUUCCAGAGCGAAGCCCUGCUGGUCCCCGAACAGUGCGUCUUUGAUCACGUCCACAACGCCAGCCGUUGCUGGUCCUACGACGAGUGGAACGCCACAGCCGCCACCGCCUGCUCGGCUCGUGAUCUCAAACUUCGAUCCUUUGCUAUCCUGUUGCCCUGCGGAGUGGAUCUCUUCUCCGGUGUCGAAUUCGUUUGCUGCCCGAGAGCCGCCACUUUGGACGACGUCUCCCCGGUCGCCAAGUCUCUCAAAACCGAAUCGUCCAAGGAUGACGAAGAUGACGACGACGACGAUGAAGAUGAUGAAGACGACGACGACGACGAUGAUGUCGAUGAUGAUGACGAUGCGGCUGCCACCCCCGUUGAAGACAAACUCGAUGAUAAAAAGACCAAGACCAUCGACGUGAACGAUGAGGACGACGACUAUGACGAGGAUGAUGAAAACGAUGUUGACAGCGCCGAGGAUGAUGAUUUGACCUCCUCCACCACUUCGACUACCACCACAACCACGACGACUACCACGACUACCACUACACCAAAGCCCAAGCCGUCGCCUACUCCCGAUCCUUAUUUGACUCACUACAAUCCCAAGAAGGAGCGCGAUGACUUCCUCGACGCCGAACAGCGUCUCGAAGAAAGACACAGGGAGAGGGUCACCAAGAUCAUGAAGGACUGGUCUGAAUUGGAGGAUCGCUACCAAGAUCUUCAUUCGACCGAUGCCAAGGGCGCUGAAGAAUUCAAACACAAGAUGACGAACCGAUUCCAGAAACUGGUGAAAUCUAUGGAAGACGAAGAUGUCAUGGAGAAGCGUCAACUGUCAGCUGUGCAUCAGCAACGCGUUUUGGCCGCCAUUAACGAGAAGAAGCGCGACGCCAUGACUUGUUACACGGACGCGCUCAACGAGAAUCCAGCCAACACCCACCGCAUUCAAAAGUGCUUGGAAAAGUUGCUCCGUGCCCUCCACAAGGACCGUCACCACAGCAUCAGCCAUUUCCGCCACCUGCUCAACAUCAACCCCAGCCAGGCGCAACGCGAAAAGGAUGCCACCAUUCAACACUUGAAUGACAUUGAGAGACUCACCAAUCAAAGCCUCCAGAUGCUCGACAGGUUCCCAGACAUCCAAGCUAAGGUUGUGCCGCUGAUGAAAGAUUAUUUGCUGGCUCUGCGGUCGAAAGAUGAUACGCCAUCUCCUCUUUUGAUGACCUCCCGUACGUCGGAGGAAGACGUGCUCGAUAGUUUUAAGGCCGAAAUCGUCGCUAAACAAGCAGAAAAGGAACGUCAACGUCAAGCUGACAAGGCCCGCAAGGAAGACGAACGUCGGCGCGAUGAACGCAAGAAAAUGGAGUCAAAGAACAAGAAGCAGAAUCAACUGGAUUCGAGCGCCGAGGAUACCGUCAAGGACGACUCGUCGGCUAAACUAGACAUGACGACAUCGACCGCCUCCCCCAAGCCCAACAAGGCUAUGGGUGACAAGAUGAAGCCCAAGAUGAUCAAGGAGGAAAUUGUCAAGAAAGACAAGAUGAAGGAGAAGAAGGCCAAGGAAGAUCUGCCUCCUUACGUCGACGCCCAGGCUGUCCAGCAUAUGCAGGAGCGACCGAAGGUGGCGCACGCACAAAACCACCAAAUUGCCCAUAACGAAGCUGGUUUCUCUGUCCGCCAUGAAUCUGGUCAUCGCGAGAACCGUUCCGUUUAUUUCACCCUGGCUUUUGCCGGAGUGGCCCUAUUGGCUGCCAUGGUUGUCGGCCUUGUUUUAUUGAAGAGGCGACAUGCUCGUUCGCCCCACCAGCAGGGUUUUAUUGAGGUGGAUCAGACUGUGACGCCCGAAGAGAGGCAUGUGGCCAACAUGCAGAUAAAUGGAUACGAGAAUCCAACCUACAAAUAUUUCGAAGCCAAGGAAUGAGACAAUAAUAGCCAGACUUGAUUUUUUAUUUGUCUAAAAAAUUUCAUAGCAAUUCCACGUCCAAAAAAAAAAUCUGCUUAUAAUCUCUCGCAAUCUGUCGUAACCAGAUAGCUCGUUCUUUAACUUCUUUAUUUUUUUAAUUUUCAUAACUUCUUUUCAUUAUUUUAUUUUUACAAUCCUCUCGGGGGGCUUCUACAUAACAACACUAAAUAUGUCUACUUACCCAACUUAUACGAUCGAGAUUACGUCACUGUUUUUGAAACAUAACAUAAGUAGUACUUUUUAUGUCGUGCGUUUUCUUCGUCUACUCUUCUUUCACUCCCUCCUCCCUCCCUAUCUCUUUUAAUCUCCACGUCCUUUGCCUUCUUCGUUUCUGUAUAUCGUGCUUCUCGUCUAGGCGUCAUGACCUCCAUCCAAUCCCCCCCCGCCCCCUCUCUUUGUCCACGUAACCAAAAUCACGGCAACUAUCGUAUUACUCGGGAUUUUAUUUUUUAAUUCUUAAACUCCUCUCCCCCUUCUCGAUAUUUUUACUACCGGGACAGCUAAAAACAAAAAAAAAUUCCUCCAAUGUGACCAGCACGCGUGCGCUUUUUAUUCCCUCUCGAUCACACACGCAUUUCUAUUAUUUUUUACCUUCGUUUUUCGUUUGGUGUAGGUCGACGUCCGCCUCUCGUCGUUUCAUCUUCGGAAACGCUUUUCAUUGAGGCCCCAUUCCCUCCAAAAACAUCAUAACCGAUAUCAAAUUAUCAAAUCCCAUUUUUUUUUUGUAAGAAAGCACGAGGAGAACAGCUAUGAUUUCGCCGAUGUCUUUACACAACAUUUAAACGUAAAAAAAAAAAAAAUUAACAAAAGCAAAAAAAAACAAAACAAACAAUUUAAGCCACGAUUUUAUUUCGGUUGACGCCGCUGUGGAUGGUAGCUAAAUGUAUAUUCUUUUUGGGAGUCGCAGCUGCUCUUCAUAUAACAGAAAAAAAGGAAAACAUAACAAACAAUCUUUUGAAACCGCUUUCGUCCAUUCGAUUCUCGUUUCGUGUUCUCUGGACUUUCGUAUACUCGCGCGUUUUUUUCGUCCCCUCUUCUAAGUUUUUUAGUGUAGCGUUGACCCCUCAUAUCCACCGACUGCCCUCUCUUCCGCUUCGUAAUAAUACCAACUUUCUCUUUUUAUCCCUGCCGAAAGAUUUGAUUUACAAAACAGCAUGUAUAACCUCUAUAUUGCUGUAAUACACUGUUCCAUUAAAUAUGGUCCCCCCUUAAA